CCGUUGCAGAAACGACAGAGAACAGUGGAGGACUUCAACCAGUUCUGCACCUUCGUUUUGGCCUACGCAGGCUACAUCCCCUACCCUGAAGAGAAUGAGCCCUGGACCCACGGAGGCAGCAUGAGUCCCCAGAACAGCACGGGGAGCACUCAGGACAGCGAUAGCUGGGCCUCGUCCCACUCCUCCGACUGCCAUGUCCUGACAGACAACGGGAGGAGCAGAAAUGCCAUGGCCAGGAGGGCUGCGGACAACAGCCUGCUCACAAGCUGCCCUGCCUUCAACACCAGCUUCUAUGAUGUCCGGCCCCAGCAAACCAAAAGGAAGAAACCACCAGCAAAGAAACUCAUUUUGGAGCAGCAGGUGGAGAACAAGGUGCCACUGAGUGCUGGGAAAGGCUUUGGGGCAGAGCAGGACAGAGUGAAAGAGCUGGUGGUGCUGGAGGGACAGAUGCCUCCCGUGAAAGAGCAGCUCUUGGAGCCUUCCCUCAACCCAGCUGGGGACUCCAAGCCCAACUGCCUCCUGGAGGAGCUGAUGAAGGAGGAAAAGGACUGGACUCAUGGAGCGCAGGGGACCGAGAAGCCAGUAGAUGAUCCUCAGCUAAAGGAGCACGAACCCUGCUCUGGAGGAAGGAAAAGCCCCAGCUCUUGUAGUACCUUGGACCAAAGCGAAGGGGAAGAUGCGAGCAGAGGGAGCUCCCAGCUUAGUGCAGUCGAAUUCGCAGCAGCGCCCAACACCAAAGCAGAAGACGAUGAUGCCUGGGAUCUGAUCACCUGCUUCUGCCUGAAGCCCUUCGCAGGGAGGCCCAUGAUCGAAUGUAAUGAAUGCGCCACCUGGAUCCACCUCUCUUGUGCCAAGAUCCGCAAAUCCAACGUGCCUGAGGUUUUCAUCUGCCAGCGAUGCCGCGAUGCCAAGCAGGAGAUUCGCCGCUCGAACCGAGCUCGGACGGUGCCCCGCAAGCGCUUCUGUGACUGA